CGUCAUUUCCUCAUCCCGCCCUCUUUUCGCUGUGAGGUGCAGAACUCCAUACGGCGUUGUCUCGUGCUCUCCCACUAAACUCGUUACGCAAGGAAAGUGGUCACGAUGUCCGGAGGUCUGGACGUCCUUCAGAUGAAGGAGGAGGAUGUGCUGAAGUUCCUGGCAGCAGGAACCCAUCUGGGAGGAACCAACCUGGACUUCCAGAUGGAGCAGUACGUCUACAAGAGAAAGAGUGACGGCGUGUACAUCAUCAACCUUAAGAAGACCUGGGAGAAACUGCUGUUGGCUGCUCGUGCCAUUGUUGCCAUUGAGAAUCCAGCUGAUGUUUGCGUUAUCUCCUCCAGAAACACUGGCCAGAGAGCGGUGCUCAAGUUCGCCUCUGCCACUGGCGCCACCACCUUCGCUGGUCGUUUCACUCCUGGAACCUUCACCAAUCAGAUUCAGGCUGCUUUCAGGGAGCCUCGCCUCCUGAUCGUGACAGAUCCUCGCGCUGACCACCAGCCGCUGACCGAAGCCUCUUACGUCAACAUCCCAACCAUUGCCCUCUGCAACACAGACUCCCCUCUGAGAUACGUCGACAUUGCCAUCCCAUGCAACAACAAGGGUCCCCACUCUGUGGGUUUGAUGUGGUGGAUGUUGGCUAGAGAGGUGCUGAGGAUGAGGGGCACCAUCUCCAGGGAGCACCCAUGGGAGGUCAUGCCUGAUCUGUACUUCUACAGAGAUCCUGAGGAGAUUGAGAAGGAAGAGCAGGCUGCAGCUGAGAAGGCUGUUGGUAAGGAGGAGUUCCAGGGUGAAUGGACCGCUCCUGUGCCCGACUUCAACCAGCCUGAGGUUGCUGACUGGUCUGAAGGUGUUCAGGUUCCUUCUGUGCCCAUCCAGCAGUUCCCAGCUGGCGCUGAGGCUCCUGCCAAAGCUGCACCAGCUGAGGUGUUUGCAGAGGACUGGAGUGCUCAGCCUGCUACUGAGGAUUGGUCUGCUGCUCCCACUGCUCAGGCCGGAGAGUGGGGCGGCACCACUGCAGACUGGUCUUAAGAGAAAUGUUAACCAUGCUUGUGAAAUCGAUAAACUUGAUUGUUUAAAAUCUUGUUUCCGAUGUUCUUUUUGAGCUGAUUUUUGAAUAAGCAAUUAGGGCUAUGUUGUCUAACAAUGUAGUGUCUAGAAUAGAUGAUUAAGUCCACCUCAGCAUCUGUAAUUAUAAAAAUUUUAUUUUUAAAAAAUUUAUACGUUUGACACCAAAUAAUGCAGAAUGGUGAGUCUUAUGUGAAAUAUGCAAUGCCUUAAUGAAGGGAUAAUGUACAGUCAGCUGAGCAGUGUUCCAUAAUAAACCCUAACUGGGUAUUAUAUUUUGAA